AUGAGUCUCAAUCUCGUCGGCGGCCUGUUCUUCAUCCGGAGCAGGCUCCACGGCAAGGUCAUCCACGUGCCCGGCCCAGAAGCGCCGGCCGUGUGCUCCUCCAUCGACGUCGGCCGCGCCGCGCUCCCCAAGCAGCUGUUUGAGGUCACGCCCGCCGCGGCGGGCGACUCUGGCGAGUACUUUUUCCUCAUAAACGUGGGCGCCAAGAUGGUGCUCGACGUGGAGGGAGGCGAGCAGGCGACUGGCCGGAUCAUCGCCUGGACCAACAAUGCGACUGACAAUCAAAUGUGGCGCGCAGACGCGGUAGGUGGUGGAAACACUGGGGUGUUUUAUGUAGCGAGCAAAAUGGACGGUGCGGUGCUGGACGUGAGGGAGAGUGACGAGGAGGACGGGGCGGAAAUCAUCAGCUACCCGUGCUACGAGACGACGAACCAGCAAUGGGAGUUUGUGGACGUGACGACGGCGCUGGCCGAGGAGGCGGCCUGGGUCAACGGUCAGGGCAGCAACGGACGGUGA